AUGUCCGCAUAUCCGGGCUAUGGAGGUGGUGGUGGCUACGGUCCCCCACAGUCUCAGUAUCAGGGCAACUACUAUAGUCGUCCACCGCAACAACACAGCUAUGGUGGAUAUCCACCUCAAGGUCAACAGUCUCCUCAACCCGGCUACGGCUAUCAACAACCUCCCACCCAACAGUUUGCAUAUCAGCACCAUGGCCCUCCGCCUCCGCAACAGUAUGCUGGCCAAUAUAGCCAAGCACCACCUCAGCCUGGCUACACAUCAAGACCCGGACAAAGCCCUGGAAUGCCUCCACAACCGCAGGGUGCCUUCAGUCCUCGACCUGGAGGCCCACCACCUCCUCCGUCAGGUUUGCAGCACUUUGGCUCAGGUGCGCCUCAGGGCUAUGCAUUUCAGUAUUCCAAUUGUACCGGACGCAGGAAGGCACUCUUGAUUGGCAUUAAUUACUUUGGCCAGCGCGGCCAGCUGCGAGGCUGCAUCAAUGAUGUGCGCAAUAUGACAGCAUACUUGGCAGAACACUUCGGCUACAAACGGGAGGACAUGGUGAUUUUGACAGACGACCAACAGAAUCCUAUGAGCCAGCCUACUAAACAAAACAUUCUUCGCGCCAUGCACUGGUUGGUCAAAGAUGCCCGCCCGAACGAUGCUCUCUUUUUCCACUAUUCUGGUCAUGGUGGUCAGACAAAGGACUUGGAUGGUGAUGAGGCAGACGGGUAUGACGAAGUCAUAUAUCCAGUUGAUUUUCGACAAACUGGGCAUAUUACGGACGACGAAAUGCAUCGCAUCAUGGUUCGACCAUUGCAAGCUGGCGUGAGACUGACGGCGAUUUUCGACUCGUGUCAUUCCGGAACCGCCCUUGAUUUGCCAUACAUAUAUUCAACCCAGGGUAUUCUCAAGGAACCGAACCUUGCCAAAGAAGCCGGUCAAGGCCUGCUGAGUGUCAUAUCUUCAUACAGCCAGGGCGACCUUGGGGGAGUUGCCAGCAACAUUAUGAGCUUUUUCAAAAAGGCUACCAGCGGUGAAGAUGCUUACGCUCGUACCCUCGCUACGAAAACUUCUCCUGCCGAUGUCAUCAUGCUGUCUGGUAGCAAGGAUGACCAAACAUCUGCCGAUGCUACAAUUGCAUCACAAGCCACUGGUGCCAUGUCUUGGGCUUUCAUGACUGCCCUCAAGAAAAAUCCUCAACAGAGCUACGUGCAACUUCUCAAUAGUAUCAGAGACGAAUUGGCAACUAAAUACACACAAAAGCCACAGCUUUCGUGCAGCCACCCGCUGAGUACAUAUCACCAAAUCCAAGGCCCGUCGACUUGA